CGGCCCAAAAGGCGGAGUCGCUAGGCGAAGGGGCCAGAUCUGUGAGCCCAGCGCUGUCUGCGCCGCGGAGAAAGCCAGUGGGAACCCAGACCCAUAGGAGACCCGCGUCCCCGCUCGGCCUGGCCAGGCCCCGCGCUAUGGAGUUCCUCUGGGCCCCUCUCUUGGGUCUGUGCUGCAGUCUGGCCGCUGCUGAUCGCCACACCGUCUUCUGGAACAGUUCAAAUCCCAAGUUCCGGAAUGAGGACUACACCAUACAUGUGCAGCUGAAUGACUACGUGGACAUCAUCUGUCCACACUAUGAGGAUCACUCUGUGGCAGACGCUGCCAUGGAGCAGUACAUACUGUACCUGGUGGAGCAUGAGGAGUACCAGCUGUGCCAGCCCCAGUCCAAGGACCAAGUCCGCUGGCAGUGCAACCGGCCCAGUGCCAAGCAUGGCCCGGAGAAGCUGUCUGAGAAGUUCCAGCGCUUCACACCUUUCACCCUGGGCAAGGAGUUCAAAGAAGGACACAGCUACUACUACAUCUCCAAACCCAUCCACCAGCAUGAAGACCGCUGCUUGAGGUUGAAGGUGACUGUCAGUGGCAAAAUCACUCACAGUCCUCAGGCCCAUGACAAUCCACAGGAGAAGAGACUUGCAGCAGAUGACCCAGAGGUGCGGGUUCUACAUAGCAUCGGUCACAGUGCUGCCCCACGCCUCUUCCCACUUGCCUGGACUGUGCUGCUCCUUCCACUUCUGCUGCUGCAAACCCCGUGAAGGUGUAUGCCACACCUGGCCUUAAAGAGGGACAGGCACUCCAAACCUGUCUUGGGGCCACUUUCAGAGCCCCCAGCCCUGGGAACCACUCCCACCACAGGCAUAAGCUAUCACCUAGCAGCCUCAAAACGGGUCAGUAUUAAGGGUUUCAACCGGAAGGAGGCCAACCAGCCCGGCAGUGCCAUCCCCACCUUCACCUCGGAGGGAUGGAGAAAGAAGUGGAGACAGUCCUUUCCCACCAUUCCUGCCUUUAAGCCAAAGAAACAAGCUGUGCAGACAUGGUCCCUUAAGGCACAGUGGGAGCUGAGCUGGAAGGGGCCACGUGGAUGGGCAAAGCUUGUCAAAGAUGCCCCCUCCAGGAGAGAGCCAGGAUGCCCAGAUGAACUGACUGAAGGAAAAGCAAGAAACAGUUUCUUGCUUGGGAGCCAGGUACAGGAGAGGCAGCAUGCUUGGGCUGACCCAGCAUCUCCCAGCAAGACCUCAUCUGUGGAGCUGCCACAGAGAAGUUUGUAGCCAGGUACUGCAUUCUCUCCCAUCCUGGGGCAGCACUCCCCAGAGCUGUGCCAGCAGGGGGGCUGUGCCAACCUGUUCUUAGAGUGUAGCUGUAAGGGCAGUGCCCAUGUGUACAUUCUGCCUAGAGUGUAGCCUAAAGGGCAGGGCCCACGUGUACAGUAUCUGUAUAUAAGUUGCUGUGUGUCUGUCCUGAUUUCUACAACUGGAGUUUUUUUAUACAAUGUUCUUUGUCUCAAAAUAAAGCAAUGUGUUUUUUCGGA